AUGCGCGUAGCUAAUGCAUUCAAAGAAACAAAUAUUAAUAGACUAGAAGAACAUCGACGUGCUCUCCAAGUUUUUCAAUAUUUUAUUAAAGAAUUUCGAGAUAAAAUUGAUACAUCUGAAUUAGAAAUUAAAGAUUUGGCAAUGGGAAUUCGUGGUUAUGGAAUUUUUGCUAAUGUAACAAAAGAAGAUGUUAAAUUUAUAUCUGUUGGUUUAAUUCAACGUUGUGAACAAAUUGCAAUGCCAACAAUGAGAUUAUCUCAAGCAGUAAAUGUAUUUAAUGAACGUUUUUAUGAUUUACCGAAUUUAAUUGAUGUUCUUUCAGCUAUUAUUAUUGAAAUGACAAAUACUGGAGAAGAAUUUUUCGGUCCACUUGGACGUUUAACUUAG